UACUUGGUUUUCAUUCUAAACUUUACAACAUAUUGGUCGUUUGUUUGUUUGUUCAUUCGUUCUAAGUGAAAUGAUUAAAUUUAAAUUUUUUAUAAUUAUUGGAAUAUUAUGCAUCGCACAAAGCAAGGCCGACCAAUGCAAGAAAAUAUUGCGAGAACUCGCUAAUGCCGAGGGUCUUUUCUCCCAUUGCGUUACUACGCAUUCUGUCCCGGUUACAAUUUGUGUUGGUUGCAAGGAGGCAUUCAAAUUGAUGGAUGAAAAUUAUACUGCACUAAAAGAUACUGCCAAUUGUUCCGCGGAAUACUUUGAUAAGGAUCGGGUCAAUCUAGUGGCAGCAACUGAAGAGUCUCUAAACAAACUAUGGACAAAGGCGUACUGUGAUGAUUGUUACGUAAAUGAUAACCUCGAGACAUUUAACAAUUUGAGUUCUGCUUUCGAAGGCUGUAUUGGUAUACAUAAAGAUAGUCCCUGUGACAGUUGUCUAUUGGAGUAUAAAAAUUUAAAUAGUUUUUAUUUGGAAAUGGAUGAUCAUAAUAAUGGCCAAGUUUGUUUCGAUAUUCAAGAUUCGAUGAAUCGCACUCGACAACUGUGGUCUAAAACAUAUAAAUGCUGUCGCAGAGAAUUCAAGAUGACUCUGUAUUUGGUUACUUUGAGCAUAGUUUGUUGCCUGCCCAUACUAUUCUAUAGUGGCACAUAUUUUUUCACCAAGUGGCAGGAAAGAGAGCAUGGAAUGCUUUCCAAUGAAGAUCCCCGGAUAACACCGUCGUCAUCUUCAAAUUCCCGAGUUGGCAUUACUCCGAAUAUACCCAACGAUUCCGUGCCAUCAACAUCGUCGUCGGCCGUUGUAAACAGUAAUCCUGUCGUAACAGCAGUCAGCAAUAAUACAAAUUCACGUAGAAAUUUUAAGAAGUUACAAGAAAGUGACGACUCCGGUCAAAGUUCUGAUGAUGAAGUUUUACCAAAGCCGAAAUAUGGUUAAAAAAAUUAUUUUAUUUUCCUUUUAUACAAACUUUGAAAUGUAUAUAUUAUUUAUAUUCAACAUAAUCAUAUUUUCUCCUACCAUUUCGAUUUCGAAUCGCUGGCACUACAAAACAUUUUUUCACCCAAGCCAUAAUAUUCCAACACAAUUAAAAAAAAACUUGUUAAUUUUUUAAAUAAAAGAAAAAUUUAUUUUUCCAGAAAAAAUCUAUUAAA